AUGAAGUUCUUCGCUGCCGCUGCUCUCGUUGCUGGCGCUUCCGCCGCUGCCGUCAAGCGUGGUGAACCGGCCGGUAACACCUGGGGAGACUGGGGUGCCUCGACCGUCUACUCGACUGUCUACUCAACCGAGUACUCGACCGUCUACUCGACCGCGACCGUCCCCACGACCAUCUACUCAACUGCCACCGUGCCCACCACCAUCUACAAGACCGAGACUGUCCCCACGACCGUGUACAAGACCGCCACUGUGCCCACCACCGUGACCGUGCCCACCACCAUCUACAAGACCGAGACUGUCCCUACCACCGUCUACAAGACUGAGACCGUUCCCACCACUGUCACCGUGCCCACGACCAUCUACUCCACUGCCACCAUCACCGCUUCCCAGUGGGGUGACUGGCAAGUCACCACCGCCUACGUCACCGUCCCCGAGACGGCGUACGUGACCGUGACUGCCGCCGCCACCUGGGGUGACUGGAACUAA